AUGGAGACUGCCAGCAAGAUGAUGUCCAGUGCUCACACGCACGGGCAGGACACGUGCUCCAAGGACCCGGCUGGCUGCAUGCGUGCCGUUAUGUGGACGGGCAAGGCUGUCAAGCUGGAGCACGUCCCCAAGCCCAAGAUCAUGGAGGCGUCUGAUGUGGUGGUGAAGGUCACCGCAUGCUCCGUGAGCCCGGACUUCGCGACGGACGUGUGCGGCGAUACUAUGGGGUUGGAGAAGAACCAGAUUCUGGGCAGUGAGGCAGUCGGCAUCGUGGAUUCCGUGGGCGCGGAUGUGCAAAAGGUCAAGGAGGGCGACCGCGUGGCUGUGAGCUUUGUAAUUGCCUGCGGAAAAUGCAAGCACUGCCGUCGACAGGAGUACGCAGCGUGCAACUGCACGAAUUCGUCGCAGGAGUUUAAGCAGACCUACGGUGGCUGGGCUCCUGCUGCCGUGCUUGGAAGCACCCGCAUGCUGGGGAACGUCCCGGGUGUGCAGGCUGAGUUCGUGCGCGUGCCGUACGGCGACAUGAACUGCUUCAAGCUCCCGUCGGGUGUGAGUGACGACAAGGCGGUGCUGGGAGUGGAGACGACUGCGACCGCGCUGCACGCCGUGGAGAUGGCCAAGGUGAAGGAAGGCGACCAUGUGGUCAUUUGGGGUCUUGGUCCUAUUGGGCUCCAGGCUGCACACUGGUGCAAGCUGCGCGGCGCCAAGACUGUGCUUGGAGUUGAGCACUGCCCGGAGCGACUCAAGUUUGCCCACGACCACAUGAACUUGGAGGUGGUGGACCGCCGCGACCUGUCGAGCGCUAAGGUGGUGGAGAAGCUACAGAAAAUGCUGCCGCCUGCCGGUGCCGAUGCUGCAAUCGAUGCAAGCGGCUGCUCUAUCUCGGGUGGGUGGAUGGCCAAGCUGGAGAAGAAGAUUGGCAUGGAGACUCAGCCCGAGGCAACGGAUACGUUCAAGGAGUUGCUCAUGAUUGUGCGCAAGUGCGGCCACAUUUCGAUUGUGUCGGACUACAUGUGCUCGGUGCAGUCGUUCCCAAUCGGCCACGUCGCGAUGAAGAGCGUGACGGUGAGUGCUGGACGCACCCCUGCGCAGAAGUACUACCCGCAGGUGUUCGACGCUAUCGAAAGUGGCGAGCUGGACCCGUCGGUGCUGAUCUCGCACCGCCUGGCACUUGAGGAGGUGCCCGAGGCGUAUUCUCGCAUCGCCAAGAAGGACAGUGGCUUCCUCAAGGUGUUUGUGGCACCGCACGAGAUGCGCUCCAAGGCGUAA